AUGAGCACAACUAUUUCAUCGGAAAUUGAGUGUCCUGAUAAUGAAGAGUACAACGAAUGUGGUAGUGCUUGUCAAGAAAAUUGUACUCAUACACCAACAUUUUGCACACUUCAAUGUGUUCCAGGAUGCUUUUGUAAAGAAGGCUUUGUACGUGAAACUGAUGAUAAAAGCAAAUGUGUACCACGUUCCCAGUGUUCCUGUCCUAUAAAUGAAUAUUUCAACGAAUGUGGAUCAGCUUGUCCGGAUACUUGUGCAGCUAGAUUUCAAUCAUGUACUAAACAGUGUGUACCUAGUUGUGUCUGCAAGGAUGGUUUUAUUCGUUUAAAUAAUCAAACGGAUAGUCCAUGCAUUCCUGAAUCAGAAUGUAACAAUUCUUUAUGUUAUGAUCUCAAUGCAGAGUAUACAGAAUGUGGAUCAUCAUGUCCACAAACAUGUAAUGACGAGCGUAAUCCAAUUCGAAAAUUUCGACUUUGUUCAGCCGUAUGUCGGAGUGGUUGUUUUUCUCUUGAUAAUGAUGAAUUUAAAUAUAUUGACAUGUGUAUACAGUUCGAUUAG